CUUCUUUUAGUGGUGAUUAUGGGAAUAUUAUUCGCUGUAAAUCAUUCUUCUUACCAAAAUAUAGGGCGAAACUGUGUAUGUAGUUUAAUGUUAAUUGUAGAAUAAGAUAAAAAGUGUCACUUCCUCAGAGGUCAUAGUUAAAAACACUGUUUUUUACUAAAUGGGAGGUGGUUGGCAAAGAGGAAGAUGAGUUGUGACUGAGAAGAGCACUGUAUUGAGGUUGGCUGAGGACAGCCCUGCCACUGCAGAAUAUAGUGUGCAUCCUUCACGUUCCGGAACCACUUUCUGUCUGAGGAUGUUACUUCUUCCUAGAACAGACACAUGUAUUUUUUUGUAUAACCAGAUGUUGUGAUUAUCCUGUGCAUUCAGAUUACUGUAGGUUGCUGUUUACAUGUUCUAUCAAAAAAUGUAUCUUCAGGACAAGCAUAAAUUCUAGGGUAAAGAGAAAUCAGUUGAGGUUGGUAAGAGAAGAGCAAGCUACAAGGUAGUAUGUGCUCUACAGGUAGUACAUACUCUGCAGUCUACUUUUCCAGCAUCAAAUUGCAGGGAUAACUGUCUUACUAAAUUCAUGUUUCUCUGAAGCCACACUUUCUUGAAAGUGGCCUUAAUGUGUUUAGUGCAGGGAAAGGCAUGCCUGGGUCAGCUGCAGGAAGGCAGCUUGCACUGUAGCCCUGUGAAGGUGGCAGGUAGAGCAGUUUCCCACUUGUCUCUGACUCCAGAUCGUCAUUCCAAAAGCCAGGAAAAAUGAUGUGAUGAUUCCUUGGAACAGAGUGCAUAAAGUGACAGGAGUAUGGAUGUUGUUAGUGCUUUAGCAUUGGAACAUACAUAGGUUCUUCUAGUGUUACUGUAUUUUUGGGUACCUUGUUUCAGGAGUUAGUUGAAUUUUCUGAGUGUAUUGUCUUGGCCGUGGUUAACAGUGGUCUAGAGUGAACUGUAAGCUUGACUUCUUUGAAGUGCCCUUCAUUAAGAGCAUACAAUACUGAGAUGUAUUCCUUGAAGAGCAUCUAACCUCUUUUUGCAGUCAUCCUGUGAACACCAAUAUAUAGAAUGAAAACACAUAGUUGACUUUUCUGGGAAACAAACAUGAAGUGUGCCAUACUUUGGGGAUAUUCAUUAGCCUCUCUCAAGGUUUAAUAAGUUGUGACGGUCAAUUCACUGUCUUCCAGUAGUCUUUGCAAGCUGUUCAUUUCAAAAAUGAAACAUUAAAUUCCAAGAAUCAAAGUUUCCAAGCAACCAAACCCUGCAAACAAAGCUAUUGUAUGUGAUAUUUACAGCUUUGUUGCCUGGGAAUACUGUCGCUGCUCCACACCUCACUCCAAACACUUGGUAAAAUCACCGAAUGGUUCUUGCAGCUGCAGAUGCGUUGCAGUUCAGGAAAGACCAAGUCACAGACAUAUAGAUCAGAGACUUAAGAUUUGUGAGUGGCUGAGAUAGCAAUGAGUAAUCGAGAGGUGGUGGUUCUGAGUGUGGGAGGGGUGAGAUUUGUAACCAGGACUUCUACCUUGCAGCAGUUCCCAGAGUCCAGGCUGGCACGGAUGUUGAAUGAUGAUGACCAGGAAUUUAAUCUGGUGAAUGGAGAGUUUUUUGUGGACAGAGAUGGAACUUUGUUUACUUACAUCAUGGACUUCUUGAGGACUCUCCAGGUCUCCUUACCAGCUGAUUUCUCAGACUAUCAGAGGCUGCAGAGGGAAGCAGAAUUCUAUGGGCUCUACACUCUGGGUGACCUCCUGAGCCAGGAACACUUGCUGAAGCCAAGGCUGGAGAUCUUGGAAGUGCGUUUUUCUCUCCAAGAGAUGCAGGCCUUUUUCCGGAUCUUUAGUUCCUGCAGUGCCACUGUUGAGACGCUAGCUGAACAGAUCACAGUGUUCAUGGGGCAGCAGUCAGGACAGAGCUGGAACAGCUGUUUUCCUUCUCAGAAACCACUUGUUCCACUUCCUUUGGAAAGACCUUCUCACCAUGACAUGGUUUUUCAGUGCGGUACUGACUACUCUGCUGGUGACCGGUUUGUGGCCAGGUAUGUUUCCAUAAAGCCAGAUAACAGAAAGCUGAUUAAUGGUACAAACGUGCUAGGCCUGCUACUUGACACUUUACUCAGAGAUGGAUUUCGCCUCAUAAGCACCAGGACAGUCUCUGGUGAAGACAAAGUGGAAUGCUUCAGUUUUGAAAGGGUGAAGAGGCCAGCAGGCCUUGCCCUCACACUGAAGAACACCGCAGGGAGCUCCAGGGUGGCACAGGCAAAGAGAAGCCAAGUGCAGAAAGGGAAAUAAAAGCUUUUAUUUUCAUCUGCUGAAGGUGGAAGAGGGGUGUGUCAGUGCUAGUGGCCUUUUUCUGACUUGUUUCAAACUGCAACUAUUGAGGGAAGGAACAAACAAGUUUUUUUUUUUUCUAGUAUUCAGAAGGAAAAAAUUGCUUUCCUGCUUUUUACUACUCCACCCUCUUCAACUCUAAAUAAAAGAACCACAGAUUCAA